UCCUUUGUCUCUAGUUAAUGACAUUUACAUGAUAACAACCCCCCCAGCUUGCAGGAAUAAGAAACUGGACAAAACAUCUAUGUUCAAGAUGUUUAAGAGUGAUGUUGCUGACCAGCAGUUUAGCCUGGAAACUGCAAUUAAAAAUAUUGAUAAAAUGUCCAGUGAGUUGAAGAAACUAAAUGUGAAAAGCCAACUGCUGCUCUGUGACCUUACUUUGAACUUCAGUCAUCCUGUGAAGACCACAGUUUCAAGGGAGGUAGAAGAAAAGAAAACAGAUUUUGAGGAAUUACAAAAUUCCAUCAAGUUCCAUGCUGAUGCUUCCAUUAACAAUUCUUCUCUUUGAGCCAUUAAAAUUUCAGCAUGGUUUUCUACUCUGGUUGAAAUUUUUAUAAUAUGACAUUUUGUGUUAUCAGAGUAUGAAAAGUAGUAUCUGAAGAAUGUUUCAAUGUAUGAAAAACAAAUAUUUGAAUAACUCAGAAACAACUAAAAUAAUAAAAAGGCAAAUAAUU